UCAACAUCGCUCCGCAACAUUUGCUCGACUUCCUAUCGUAGUUUUUAUUUGUUUAUUCGCGGCCAAAGGUUUCGGUAAGCUUGUUGGAUAUAACGAAGUUUUCAUAAGUGUAAUUUAAGUGAGAUAAAUCACCAAAACCAGUCCUGUAGAGGAAGCAGUUUGGAGAUAAACUAUUUACCCUGGGGACUCCAUGGUCUGGUCCCUUUAACUCAGUCAGCUGAGUCACCUGAGUCAGAGAGUGACCAAAACUAGAACAUCAGUACAAUCAGGAUGUCAUCUGAGGAAGUCAGCCCCCCUUCCUCCUCUCCCACAAUGCAUUUCAUCGGAAAGAAGGCAGAUAUUGUUAAGGCUGGCCGUGUGACAAAGCAGGUGAACGGAUGCAGAGAUGUGCUUGUCAUGUACCACCAUGGGCAGCUUUAUGCAUUGGACAUGCGCUGUUACCAUGCAGGUGGUUCAUUACAGAACGGAGACAUUGAGGAGUUCAAUGGACGGCUUUGCAUUGUUUGCCCAUGGCACAAGUACAAGAUUACCCUAGCAGAGGGCGAAGGACUUUACCAAGCUGUGGACGAUCCUACUGUCAGACCACUUAGGAGUCACUGGCGCUCCAAGGGAAUCAAACAGAGGGUUCAUAAAGUCACUGAAGUCGGCGGGGAUGUUUAUGUGACACUGAAUGACUCCAGCGACCCUAUAGAGUCUGAUGUCUAUCAGACUGAGAAAUACAGGACUGGUACCUUCAAUAUGCAGCCCAAAGUCAAGACGUAGUGGGACUAUUAAACUGUUAUUUUAUUAAACUUUUUAUUUUUUUUAUUGUCCAACCCUCUCCUGCUUUCUAACGUAGUUUAAUAAUUAAACUGAAAUGCGUGAGUACUUUUUGAUAUGAUGUCAAUAGUUUUCCAUUUUUAUUUUCUAGUACUGAUCUUUUUAAACUCUAAAGCUUUCAAACAAAGCAAUACCUCACAGGGAAAGAAUUAAGCUUUCUUAGGGAAGUAAGCUAUUAUAGAUCAUUACAGAUCAAGCCAAUGUGCAUCACUUUAAAGUUAACUGUAAUUCACCCCUGGUGUCCUUAAAAGUGGGUUGUCCUUUUGUCUUUAAGUUACUUUUAACAUUUAAUAUAACUGCUUUACUGUUUGAAUACACUUCUUUUUUUAAAACCAUGGUCUUUCUGGAGAAUUUGACCAUUCCUUCGACUAGUCAGUUGAAAUUUGGUUUCUUGUUUUCCAUGUCUGGUAUGGUGAAUAUAAGAAUGUUUUGUUCUUCCAUUCUCUACAGGACUAGUACUGCACAAUUGCACUUUUUUUGUUGUUGUUUACAAUUGUUUAUACUGACGUGGCAUGGUUAACCUUUCAUUUGCCUCUCAUCACCAUAAAUUUAACAUUUUACUUGC